AUGGCCCCCCGGGGUUUCGCGGGGCCGCAGCCUCUGCAGCCACAGCCACCACCACCACCAGCGUCCGGGAUCUGGCAGGGGAAGAUGUUAGCCAUGGGGGCGCUGACAGGCUUCUCUGUGCUCAGCCUCCUCACCUAUGGCUACCUGUCCUGGGGCCACGGCCUGGAGGAGGAAGAGGAAGGGACAGCAGCCAGAGCCCCCCAGGCUAGAGAGGGGCCAGAGUCCAGCUCAUCCACUACCUCUCAGCCUCAUAUCGUGUUCAUCCUAGCUGAUGACCAGGGAUUCAGAGAUGUGGGAUACCACGGAUCAGAAAUCAAGACGCCCACUUUAGACAAGCUCGCUGCCCAAGGGGUUAAACUGGAAAACUACUACGUCCAGCCUAUUUGCACACCGUCCAGAAGUCAAUUUAUCACUGGAAAGUAUCAGAUACACACCGGACUUCAGCACUCUAUCAUAAGACCUACUCAGCCCAAUUGCUUACCUCUGGAUAAUGAGACUCUACCUCAGAAACUCAAGGAAGUUGGCUAUUCAACUCAUAUGGUUGGAAAAUGGCAUUUGGGGUUUUAUCGGAAAGAAUGCAUGCCAACCAAAAGAGGGUUUGAUACUUUUUUUGGCUCCCUCCUGGGAAGUGGUGAUUACUAUACACACUAUAAAUGUGAUAGCCCAGGGAUGUGUGGGUAUGACUUGUACGAGAAUGACAAUGCUGCUUGGGACCAUGAUAAUGGUAUAUACUCGACACAGAUGUAUACUCAGAAAGUGCAGCAGAUUUUAGCUUCUCACAACCCCAGGAAACCUAUAUUUUUGUAUAUUGCAUACCAGGCUGUUCACUCACCACUACAGGCACCGGGAAAGUACUUUGAACAUUACAGAUCCAUUAUCAACAUUAACCGGAGGAGAUACGCUGCCAUGCUGGCAUGCUUGGAUGAAGCCAUCAACAACGUGACCCUGGCUUUAAAGAGGUAUGGUUUCUAUGACAACAGCAUCAUCAUCUACUCUUCAGAUAAUGGAGGACAGCCCAUGGCAGGAGGAAGCAACUGGCCUCUCAGGGGAAGCAAGGGGACCUAUUGGGAAGGAGGAAUACGAGCAGUUGGCUUUGUUCACAGCCCACUUUUGAAAAACAAAGGAACUAUAUGCAAAGAGCUUGUGCACAUCACAGAUUGGUACCCCACGCUGAUCACACUGGCCGAAGGCUGGAUUGAUGAGGACACUCAGCUAGAUGGUUAUGACAUCUGGGAGACCAUAAGUGAAGGCCGGCGUUCCCCACGAGUAGAUAUUUUGCACAACAUUGACCCCAUUUACACAAAAGCCAAAAAUGGUUCUUGGGCAGCAGGCUUUGGGAUCUGGAACACAGCUAUACAGUCAGCAAUAAGAGUCCAACACUGGAAACUGUUGACAGGGAAUCCGGGCUAUAGUGACUGGGUCCCCCCUCAGUCUUUUAGUAAUGCCGGGCCCAAUCGGUGGCAUAAUGAACGAAUUUCCUGGUCUGCUGGCAAAAGUGUUUGGCUUUUCAACAUCACAGCUGACCCAUAUGAGCGGGUGGACCUUUCAAGUAAGUAUCCAGGGAUUGUGAAGAAGCUUUUACGGAGACUGUCCCAGUUCAAUAAAACUGCAGUCCCUGUCAGGUAUCCACCCAAGGACCCUAGGAGCAACCCUAGGCUCAACGGAGGAGUCUGGGGUCCGUGGUACAAAGAAGAUGAUAAGAAAAGGAAACCAGGAAAAAACAAGGUUGAAAAAAAGCAGAAAAAACCUAAAACCAAGAAGAAAAAACAUCGGAAAAAAGGGCAGUUUCCAAAUUGCCACACAGCCCUUACCCGUGGGCAAUCGUAAAAUGGUGUUUGAUGAAACUCAAAUCCAUCCAUACUUUGUCCCAUACUUCCCCCAGCUAAACUGUCAAAGCCAGCUCUGUAAUGAGACUGCCUGAAAACCCCAGAUCUGUUCUCAUCCAGUGCCAAUGCAAAGCGGUCUCAAACUUGACCUCAGUCUUCCUGACCUACCAUGUAGAGAAUCACAAAUAGCCUUGUCAAGAACUUUCUUCUUCUUCAUACCAAAGAUGCCAUUCCCACAGGCAGCAGCAUUUCAGAUAAUGCUGUUACCAGUGCUUUUUUCUUGCCCCUUUCAUUAAGGGCAGGUGUUGGCAUGAUAGUUUCUGUACUUCAACAAUUGGCCAUUUUUUUUGAAGUAAAGAAGGGGGAAUAUGACUAUAACUGAGAAUCCUGCUAGUGUGAAGAGGGUUAUGGGGCACGAAGAAAAACACUGACUUUAGGCAAGCACAAUACAAGGCUAAACAAGUGGCCUUGGAAAAGACCUAAUUUCUUCCUGGAUUUUUUUUUAUGUGUGUGUGUGUGUGUGUCUUAUACUUCUGAGAAGAUGUUUUGCUUUUAGGGUUUUAUUGUUUUUGUUUUUGUUUUUGUUUUUCCUGGCUGAAGUUUUUCUUCCAGCAAAAAUAAGUGGUGAGCCUCAUAUGGGAGACAGCUUGUACCUCAUAUGAUCUUCCAUGUAAAAGGGCAAGAAGAGGCCUUUGAGCACACUGUCAAAAAAAAAAGGACUAUAAUUAUUGUUUAAUUGCUUUAAUAAAAAAUGACACUUCUGCAUAAAAAGCAUAAUUUAUUUUUUACAGAGACAGAACAAUUAUUUUGCUGUCAUCAAUGGCAACGCAAAUGAUGAUUUUAUUGUUUUAUUGUAUUUUCCAAGUAACAGUAGAAUAUUUUUUUUAAUUUCACCAUCCUAAAUGACAAAGCACUGUAAAAGUCUGAGUUACUGUAAACACUGCUGGAACAAGGAGAGUACUGAAGGGAAACGACCCAGCUGAAGACUCUGAAUAGACCACAUUCACCCAUUAUUUUGAAUGUAAUGAGAUGAUGACUUUGCUUAAGAGUUACCUGGAACAUUUUAGAGUGGUUUCUAUGCAGAAGCUAGA